AUGUAUAACAAUAACCAAUAUUGCAUCUCCGGUGACGAAGACUCCGUCGUCCUCAGCCUUGGACCUCCUGGCCACCAAUAUAGUACUAGCCAUAACAAAGCGGCUAGCACUAAACCUUCUUCUAACCAUGAGUUUAAUCUACCAUCAACAAACCCUAGUGGCGUCACCGUUGCUCUUCAUAUCGGUCCUCCAAAUUCAGACAAAGAAACCCUAGCCGGUGGGAACAAUCAGGAGGCCGGUUUAACGGCGAGGCAGGGACAGUAUUGGAUCCCUUCGCUUUCUCAGAUCCUCGUCGGUCCCACUCAGUUCUCUUGUUCUGUCUGUAACAAAACUUUCAACCGCUUCAACAACAUGCAGAUGCAUAUGUGGGGUCAUGGUUCGCAAUACCGAAAGGGUCCAGAGUCACUGCGAGGGACGAAAUCGUCAUCUUCGAUACUAAGGCUGCCAUGUUACUGUUGUGCAGAAGGUUGUAAGAACAACAUAGACCAUCCAAGAUCAAAGCCUCUCAAAGACUUUAGAACGCUUCAGACGCAUUACAAGCGGAAGCACGGAGCAAAGCCUUUUCGUUGCCGCAAGAAAUGUGAGAAAACGUUUGCUGUGAGAGGCGACUGGAGAACGCAUGAGAAGAAUUGUGGGAAGUUGUGGUUUUGCGUUUGUGGGUCAGAUUUUAAGCAUAAGAGGUCACUUAAGGAUCACGUUAGGGCUUUCGGUGAUGGUCAUGCGGCUCACACUAUAGGCGACCGUGUUGUAUCUAUUGGAGACGCUGAGGAAGAUGAUGAGGAGGAGGAAGAAGAGGAAGAAGAUGAUGAUGAAGAAGAAGAAGAAGCUCAUGAAGAAAAUGUUCGUGGAGAGAAGAACUAUGGGAUUAGUUAUGAACACUUUCGUCGUUAUGGUCAGAUUUCUGGUGACAAUUACUAA